AUGGACUGGAGCCCGCCCCCCAAGCGAUGGGAGGGAAGGAACACCGUAUGGCCACAUAACCCUCAAACAGGCUGGAGUUACUGUGUGACUAUACCUUCUUGGAUUGCUCAAACACCCGAAGCCGGUGUAGCCUCUGACAACUUCUUGAAAUCUAUAGUUUUUUACAGGAUACAUGUUGGUAUACAAUCACCAGAAGGCGUUAGCUCUAGCCAUGGAGUUCUUCGAAGGUUUAGUGACUUUCUAAAGUUGUGCUCUGAUCUUAAGCGUGCUUUUCCCAGAAAAGACAUCCCCCCUGCUCCACCGAAACAUGCCUUCUUAAGAAUAAAUUCAAGCAGGUUGCUUCUAGAAGAGAGAAGGAAUACUUUGGAGGAGUGGAUGCAAAAGCUACUUUCUGAUAUUGACUUAUCAAGAAGUGCUCAUGUUGCUGCUUUUCUUGAACUUGAAGCCGCCGCACGCUCAUAUUUCCAAGAUUGGAAUCAGCGUCCCCCCGAAGCAGGUACUUCAGUAAAAAGCAGUACAGACUCUUCUCGUCAUUCUGAUGAUCCUGGUUCAGGUGCUCUCUCUGAGCCCAGUCAAAUAAACCCGGUACUUGUUCGUAGCAUCAGUCUGACAGGAGUAACUGGUAACGGUGUGCUGGGAGAAUCUAUAUCAGGUCAGUCUGAUCAGCAUGCUGGUAGUGUGUCAAAAAGCAGGAAACAGGGUCUUGUCUUUUCGGAACAUGAUGGAAGGAAUGGUUCAGUAGAGUCUUCCAAGGGAGUAGUUUCUGAAGAGGAUUGUGAUUCUAACCCUGGUCAUGCUCGGAAGGAUUCUUCUGAAAGUUUAGGCAGUGAUUUGAGUUCUUUAAGAGGAAGUGAAUUGUCAACUCCAGGGGCUAGUAGUUCCCUAUGGGAUGGUCCUGUGGAUGUCCCAAGUGGUGUGGAUGGACAUAGUCAAACAGAAAGUCUUGCUGGUGUAGAUAUGCAGUUUUUGUAUGAUAUGGAUGCCCAAGUCAUCCUUCCAACUGAUCAAAGACAGAAGUUGAGUAGACUUUUGGUAACCAUGCAAAGAAGAAUCGGGACAGCAAAAACUGAUAUGGAGGAUCUCAUAGCACGCCUAAAUCAGGAAGUAGCAGUCAAAGAUUAUCUUUCCACAAAGGUAAAAGACUUGGAGGGUGAGUUGGAAGCUACAAAGCAAAAAGGCAGAGACACAUUACAUCAAGCUAUCUUAGCUGAAAGAGAGAGGAUUACCCAGAUGCAAUGGGAUAUGGAUGAGCUUCGCAGGAAGUACUCUGAGAUGGAGUCAAACCUGAAGGCGGAACAAGAUGAGAAAACUCGUGUGGAGUCAGAGAAAGCAACCGCCAGUGGUAAUAGAGAAGAGUUAGCCGAAGAACUUGAAACGAAACGAAAAGAAGUUGAGAGUUUGCAACGGCAGCUUGGAGAAGUUGAGGCAAAGUCUAAAACAGAUAUGAAGGUUCUUGUUAAAGAAGUCAAGUCCCUUAGGAAUUCUCAAAGAGAGAUGAAGAAAGUGCUGAAUCAGUAUGUUGAGGAGAAGACUGAACUAGAGAGGAUUAUUAAUAGAGAGAAGCAGCGGUCAGCACGUGUGAAGUCAUCCCGUGAAAAAAUGCUUCAUGAAUGCCGACUGCUCCGUGAGCGUCUACAAGAAUGUAGUGCUAAAUUUCUUGCAGAAGAACAAGAUAACUUGCCUGUUGACCCAUCAUCUUUGCCUGAUGCACUAGACCUUCUGGCGACGUCUGACAAUAGAAUACGCCUUCUUGUUGCUCAGGCUCAGCAUCUAGCACUGGAUGACGAACAGGGGGGCUCUUCCGAUGAUGGCGAAAAUUCCGAUGGUAAAUCCUCAAUUACCAUGGGCAGCGAAGACUCAAGCCUCACCGAUGAAGAGACAACAAAGAUGUUAUCUGACCUGCUCAUCGACAACGCGCAGCUGAGGAUGCACCUCAACUCCGUGAUCCGCAACGCUGUAAAUACCUCCGUGAAACUGGAGAAAGAAGACGCCGACGGAGUCGUCCCAAAAAAGACGGUCCUCAACUGGCUGCUGGACAGAUAG